AUCCCUUGGUCUCAAGCUCAUCUUAAACACUCAACUAUUGUCAAUCCCCAGUUUCCCGUCUUCAUCAAAAAAGUUGUAAGGUAGAGUUUGCCAAUAUCAUCAAGGUGCGUAAUUAUUUUGUUAAUGACGGAGUGAAUUCUGCGAGUAGUGUCAAUUGUUGACCAUAGUUGAGAGCGGCAGCAGGCCGGCCAUGGCAACUCUGAGAAUUUCAUCUAUUCGGCCACUACUACAAGUUCCGGCGGCCUGCAGCUUUGAUAAAACCCAAUCCCAAAAGUUCACUAAUUCCUUGGGGUAUAAGCAUACACUCACUUCAUCGUUCUCCUUAGUUGAAAGACACAAACCCUCAUUCAAGGCAUUCACCACCAUAUCAUCAUCUUCUAUUACUACUGAGACUGCAAAUAACCCAUCUGCAGUACCACAAGUUGAAACUCAGACCCAAGAUGAGAAAUUUGACUGGUAUGCCCAUUGGUACCCGUUGAUGCCAGUUUGUGACCUUGACAAAAGGGUGCCGCAUGCAAAGAAGGUUUUGGGCAUUGAUGUGGUGGUGUGGUGGGACAGAAAUGAGAGUGCAUGGAAGGUGUUUGAUGAUGCAUGUCCUCACAGACUGGCUCCAUUAUCUGAAGGGAGGAUUGAUCAAUGGGGAAGGCUGCAGUGCGUUUAUCAUGGCUGGUGUUUUAAUGGCUCCGGUGACUGCAAGUUCAUCCCUCAGGCACCUACCGACGGUCCUCCGGUUCACACAUCUAAGAAAGCAUGUGUAGGUGCUUAUCCAAGUACUGUGCAGAAUGGAAUAGUGUGGUUCUGGCCAAGUACCGAUCCUCAACACAAAGACAUUCUUGCAGAGAAAAAACCUCCCUACAUACCAGAAAUCGAUGAUCCAACGUUUACUUGCGUGAUGGGGAAUAGAGACUUCCCUUACGGGUAUGAGAUAUUGGUUGAAAAUUUGAUGGAUCCAGCUCAUGUUCCAUACGCACAUUAUGGAAUAAUGCCAAGUCAACCACCGGAUGUGAAAGCUGACAGAGAAGGGGGCAGACCAAUUGAUUUAUACGUUCCUAAGUUGGACAUAAAUGGUUUCACCGUAGAGCACCAGAAUUCGGGACAGAGUAAAUUUGUGCCACCAUGUGUGUUUUAUACAUCUUUCUUUGGUCCGAUUGACAACAAUAAUGGGGCUGCUGCAUCCUCGGGAAUAUCGUAUGGUUUUCUGCAGAUUCCAGGUGACAAGGUGUUAUCAGCCCAAAGUAGAGCUCUUGUAGUUUUUUUCUGUGUUCCGGUUAGUCCAGGCAAUAGCAGAUUGAUAACAACCUCUCCAAUAAACUAUGGCGUUUGGAUGAAGAUAAUUCCACGAUGGAUACAUCACUUUGGAUUCAACUUGCUUUUAGAUUCAGAUAUAAAUUUGCUUCAUCUUGAGGAACGUAGGAUUAGGGAUGCAGGUAUAACCCAGUGGCAGAAAGCUUGUUUUGUGCCAACAAAGUCAGAUGCCGCUGUCGUUGGUUUUCGAAAAUGGUUAUACAAGUAUGCAGGUGGUCAAGUAGAUUGGAGGGGCAAGUUCACGGGAGCGCUUCCCCCCACUCCUCCUAAUGAACAGUUGAUGGAUAGGUACCGAUCUCAUGUGAUGAACUGCAGCAGUUGCAAUGCUGCCCACAAAAAUUUGAGCGUGCUUAAAGUGGCAUUGGAGGUUGUUUCAUUUUCUCUACUCGGAAUUGUCGCUGCAAGCAAGCAAGGAGCGCUAUCAUCAGUGGUUGCAAGAAGUGUGCUACUUGCAACCGCUCUAUUGUGCUUCGCAAGUUCAAAAUGGUUGGCUCAUUUUAUCUACAAAAAUUUUCAUUUUCACGGCUACAACCAUGCCCUUCUGUAACAUUGAUUGUUUUAUGUCGAAAUGUAUUACCGUAAUAAAAUACUGAACGGAUGGAAUCAAAACUUAUUGAAAAUAUGUUGUGUAAUAAUAAGAGAAUUGUUGUGUGAAUUUGAUAAGAUUCGGCUAGUUCACUUUUGCUCCUACUCGCAAUUGUUAGGACCAACCCCUCUUCUUGUGUAUUGGCCCAGUAGUUCAGCCCCAUCUCUUUUGUGUUUACAUCACUUGUGGUUCUGCUCAUCUGUUGUGUGCACAACAGCUAUUGUUAACCAAGUAAUGAGACUAUAUAAUGUACUUGGCCAUUAUGGUUUUGGUAUCAAUGAAUAUGACUUGUAGUUU